AAGACGUAGUGAACUGCGUUCAUUUCCUGGUUUGUUAGCGGCUACUGAAAAGCAAGUCUGGCACAUAUAUCUUUGACCAACAGUAGUCAAUCUGAAACACCGGAAUAAAAACAAACUCUUGUUCCUGGCAAAAAUGGCUCAUCUCACAGAACUUUGCAAGUACGUGGACGACCACCAGGACCUGUAUGUGCAGCGCCUGGCUGAGUGGGUGGGUGUCCAGAGUGUGUCUGCUUGGCCUGAGAAGCGCGGGGAGAUCAAAAAAAUGAUGGAGAUGGCAGCCAAGGACAUCGAGAGGCUGGGAGGGACUGUGGAGCUGGUGGACGUUGGCAAGCAGAAGCUUCCCUCAGGAGAGGAGAUCCCCCUGCCUCCUAUCAUUCUGGGGCAGUUAGGAUCAGACCCAGCCAAGAAGACGGUGUGUAUUUACGGGCACCUUGAUGUUCAGCCAGCAAACAUCAGUGACGGCUGGGACACAGAGCCUUUUACUCUGGUGGAGAAAGACGGUAAGCUCUAUGGACGAGGAUCUACUGAUGACAAGGGUCCAGUGUUGGCCUGGUUUAACUGCAUUGAAGCGUAUCAGAAGAUCGGAAAGGUACAGUUACUGCCAGAUUGA